CAUAUGAUUCUGCCACUCUCCCAUCCUAAUUGCAUUACAUAUAUUGUGGUUGAAUUUGAGUAGCUACUUGUGCCCCCAUUUUCUGUGUGCAUGACUCAAGCACGUAGCUGCCAUACAGUAGGGGGAAAAUGUUUUUUAACAGGGUCUGAAUAUUUCGCGCUGUUCCGAGAUCCCCCUUUGGAAGCUGAAAUUCUAAGUGCCGUGCUUGUAAUAACGUGAGCUUUAUGUUACAUAAACCUGGGUGUCAAUGGGCUUCCGUUCAACACACAAAACAGUGCUUUGCACAGAUCUCGAGAAUAUAAACAAACAAAAAAACGUCCAACUCAAAAUAUAUCAAGUCAUCUUGAUAUAUUUAUCAUAAUCAUGUUAUCGUGAUUAUGAUAACAAGAGCCUCUCCAGGAUAUUGUGCAGUCAGAAUAACCAUGGUCUAAUCAAGAGAAAGAUAAUGUAUAAAUAAUGCCAAACAAAAAAAACAUUACCUCAGGGUGAUUACACACGCUCGCCAGACUAGGCAUCUCAGUUGACUGCAAGGAGCAAGAGGAAGCAACACUGCUCCUCAUCCUGACGCUUUUAAGGUACAGAUUCGGGUUCUUUAUUACCACUGGCAUACCAAGAUGAUGUUACACUGAUGUGCUUGUCACGACGGGCUCAUAGUGAGCUGCGAACAGAAUUGCCCCUCAAACGAUGGUGUAGAAGCAGGUUAUGGGGAGAAGUGUACUGGGUGUAUUGGGUGUUGAAGUAGGCAUUGGUGCAAUCGGUGUUGGUGUAAUGAGUGUUGAUGAAGUGGGGUGCUGAUGAAAUGUUGAUCGUCUGUUGAGUGUUGAUAUGAAGUCGAGUUUCCUUGCAGUGGGUGUGGGGUGUAGGGAAAGAUAGGGCAGUGGGUAGAGGGUGUAAGGGAAGAUAGAGCAGUGGAUAGAGGGUUACCUUUAGGUGAUUUCGGGGUUUAGCGACCCCCUUUUCCUUAGGGUGUAGGGAAAGACAGAGCAUAGGGGUGUAGAGGAAGACAAAGAGGGUGCAGGGGAAGACAGAGCAGAGGGUGUGGAGGCAGACAAGAGCAGAGGGUGUAGAGGCAGACAAGAGCAGAGGGUAUAGAGGCAGACAAGAACAGAGGGUGUAAGGCUGACAGAGCAGAAGGUGUGCCAGCAUCAGGGCGGCCAUCUGUAGCCUCGCCCAGCUAUUGCCUGCGCGUAAACAACAAAAUUAUAAUAUCGAACAAAAUCAAUUUUGUUUUCCUAGUUCUUCUUCCCAUUCGUCCUCUUUCUUUAGGUUUGGUGUGCGUUCAGUCUUCAGACUUUCAGGUGCGUUCAGGGCAAUAGUGUCAUACAAUGUAGGGCGUGAAGAACGAGAGGUGAAACAACUGUGAUAAACACGUGCAUGUAGAGAACAGGUUGAACGUUUUCAUUUCAUCGUUUGAGACCCCAGAUAACGGACACGGUAUAACGAACGACUGUAUUGUUAUCCGGAGGCUGUAGUAAACUUUCUAUAAACGUGAUUCUGCCUUGACGGUGACGGGCCUUUGUAAAAGGCGUCGCUGUUAGCAUAGAUCUUACAAGCUGUGCAUUAUAAGCUUCGUCGCUGUUAGCAUAAAUCUUUCAUACUGGGCAUACGCGGCAUUGUUUUCUUUUGAAGGGGGAGGGGGGGGUGAGCAUCACAUAUUGGACUUCAACAAUGACACCACACACACCCAUGCACAUAUAUGACAAAGAGUGUUGGGAAGACGAGACACCACGAGCGUAGCUCUCAUCCUGUAACUACACUUGGAUAAUUACACAUCCUAUGUGCACACGCCAGCACCUGUACCAACACACAACACCCAAUACGCACACGCUAGCAAACACAAACACACAAAACUAACUUGGUCACCCUUCAGAAUAGUUGAUGUGUGUGUUGGGAGCGUUUCGUGCGUUUGUGGCAACACUUACUUAAUUGAUAUUUAAAUAACGCAACUCGCUGAAAAAAGGCACUUUAAUCUUUUCCUAUUAUCAGUACCAAAGAUUUAUAUAUAUAUAUACCUCAACUGCUUUUCAGUGACAAUCUUUGAUAAAUUUACGUUGCUAUUAUCAUGGAAAUUAAAGAGCAUUUUAUUCCUUAAGCAAGAAUAUACAGUAUCUUAGUAUAGUCCUGAAACGAAGUGUACAAAAGGGGUGAACAAUCGCCAUGCGUCGCACUGUUGUACGCACGCAGGAGGAGCUGGAUGAAAUCGAGGACAGCAAAUGGAGGCGGAAAUCCUAUGCUCUGGCGCAGAACAACGCUCUGCCUGUCCCCUUGCCUCUACCUGUUUAUCCUCCCCCCAAGCCAUGUCCUCUCCCUCCCGCUGCGCCCAGGAUUUUCAGACCUGGUCCUCGCCCACCACCAACAGUGUACAGGCCUUCUGCGGGAUAUCGGCCCUCUGCGGGUCAUCGCCCGUCGAUGAACUUCAUGACUUCUGAAGCCCUUCCAACCUUAUCAGAAGCCAGUGGCUCGACUCCUGAACUUGUUUCGAGAAAAAUCAAUAACAACAACAAAAAUAAUUACAACAAACAGGUGAAAACAAUUCCUCAAAUGACAGAUAUAAUCCAACUAUCCAGACAAUCGCAAGACCAAAUUCCCCCGAAAACACCAGUAGGAUCUCCAGUUUCCACAUUCUUACGUUCAAGUCCUUCAUCAGUGCCAGACAGAAGUCCUUUAACACUGACAAAACCCCAAGGCGAACCUACAAACGUCGCAAUUUUACCUUCAAAUCCGACAAGUUCUUUGCUGGAGUUGAGAGCUCCUUCCUCAGCACCGAAGAACUCACAAGCUGGACCCGAAAUAGUCGCGUCAUUACCUAGAGUUCCGGUUCGUCCUUCGCCACCGCCGCCGACUCAAGCGGGUGCUCAUACUCUGCUGUCAAAGCCUUCGCCGGUCACAAAACUCGCACCCACGGAGACACAAGCCCAACAAACAGCUCAACAUAUCCCAUCAGCGUUGAGUAACCUCUCAGAACUAGAAACAGAACCACCAGCAGGUCACAAGAGUGACUCUUCAUCACUGCCAAAGCUCUCAAAGCCUCCAACAGAGUUCAAUACAACACAGACGAAUUCCUUAGCAUCACAGGUGAAUUCACAAUCAGAAAGGGUAAAUUCACAGUCAGAAAGGAUAAAUCCCCAACCAGAAAGUAUACAAAAACCAGUACAGGUAACAGCCUCACCAGAGGAAGUAACGUACCCACCAGAGACGGUAAAUCAACCACUAGGACAAGUUAAUUCCUCCUUAGAACCGCUAAAUGUUCCAUCAAUUCAGGAAAAUCUUCCAUCAUCGAAGAUAAAUUCCCACCCAGAAAUUCUUCCAAACCAAACAAAACCUAUACCGGAGCUUGUGAAUCUCCCACGGAAAGAGACGGAUCUCCCGGCAGCAGUGACAACGUGUCCAUCAAAACGCACAAACACUCCAUCACCACCGACACCAAAUCACCAGUCAGGAGAGUCAGAGUGCCCUUACACAACCGACAACCUCCCGCCCACUCCUACCUCUGAACGCCUGCCCCCGACACCCACUUCCCUAAGCAGAUCACCGACACCUUCGUCACUCACGUCUCCAGGAAUUCCCUCGUCGCUCAGCUCUCCACGAACGCCCCCGUCAAUUCGUGCGGCUCCCUGGCAGCCGUAUUUUCCCCCAACGCCACUCGCCAGGACGCCAAGAGCCACGCCGACGCCAACCUCUUACACACGUGGGACGUCCCCGACGCCAAGUUCAAAGACAGAGGAGAUUUCCUCUGGCAUACCUGCAAGCAACAAUAGCCAGUUGUUGCCUCCGACGCCGCCUUCGUCAUCGUAUCAAGCAGGGGUGGACAGUGCCACCCCUUACUCCUCCAUGUCUUCACUCAACCAUGUUACUGGAGAAACCAAGAUAAUGGAGGGAGAAAAGGUGAACUUGACCCCAGAUGUAGUGGACUCGUCGAAGCUGUCGUACCCGGCGGUGCUAGACGUGACCAGCCUCCAGUCCACUGUCAGCGACAAGGUCACUACCAGUCCUGGCCAGGAUACUCAUCCCAAUAACACCAGCACAGCUCCACGAGAGGAGGUCUAUCAAGCGUAUUUAUCCAGAUUCUGGAUAUUAACGGUGUUUUCAUUCGUCGCUUUUUUACAAACCACAGUGUGGGGAACAUUUGGACCUAUAUCUGAAUCAGCGUUAGCAGCAUUUCCUAGUUGGACGGAAGGCACCAUAGCUGCGUUUCCAAACUGGGGUCCGAUUAUUGUUGUGUUGUUCACCAUUCCCAUGAUGUGGUUGACACAAAAAUUAGGUCUUCGACUUGGAGUGUUAACCUGUGCUCUGCUUCUCACGUUUGGUACUGUAUUACGUUGCUUCACCUCUCAAGAAUCAUCAUUCACUGUGAUAUGUCACAUUAGCUCCAUACUGUUUGCAUUUGCUGCCUGCAUGACAUUGUCCCUACCUGCCAUGAUCGCUGCAACCUGGUUUCCUCCUAAUGAAAGGAUUACUGCUACCGCUGUUGGUACUCUCAUGUGCCAAUUAGGGGGUGCCGCAAUGUUCAUGGGCCCGCUGAUUGUGGCAUCACCAAGUGGGACUGGAAACUCCACAGCUGAAGAACAAGAAGAAAUACGCAGUGACAUAAUGAACCUCAUGUAUAUCCAUUUUGGUGCUGCUGCUUUGUUGCUGUUGGUUACCGUGGUGUAUUUCCCAUCCCAGCCACCAUCCCCACCUUCAGCAUCAUCUGCGCAGGAGAGAAUUGACUUCUUCAGUGGCAUCAAAGGCAUCAUCAAGAAUGUUCAAUUACUUCUGGUUUUACUAACUUACGCCUUCUCUUUGGGCAUCCCAGUUGUAUGGAUUGGGGUCUUGAACCUGUCCUUGAUUGAUAUUGAUAUACAUCAGGAGCAAGCCAUGGGGGUGGCAGUGACAGCAGUGGCAUGCUCAAGUGUAGCAGCAUUUAUAACUGCCAGGAUUACAGAUAAAGUGUAUGGACACUUGCGAGUUACAGUCAUUGGCUUUUUGAUAUUGUCAUCAAUAUUUUUCCUUUGGUUCCUUCUUCUGACAACUCAAACAAUUGUUCCUAGCUUAGCUCAGGUUUAUGUAGCAGUGGCAGGAGGAGUAGCCUUCGAGUAUGCAACGGUGCCAUUGAUGGUGGAAUUGGCCGUUGAGAUUGGUUAUCCUAUCCCUGAAAGUGUCACUGGAGCUGUUCUUACUUUCUCCUUCAAUCUUGUUGCCCUGGUCUUCUUGGGAUUUUUUCAAAUUCACAGUGCCAAUCACGUAUGGGUUAGUUAUGUCCUGCUUGCGUGUGUCUCCUUCACUGUGUUACCAUUAAUAUUUGUCAAAGAGACACACAAGAGGUCGGACACAGAUAGAAAACACAUACAGUGAGAUAUCCGAUUAUAAAAUAAUAGUUUUUUAAGAAUAUUAUGGUGAAAUAUAACCCUUGAUAAAUCCUGUUGCUAGACACUAUAUUUUAUAUUUGAAUGUUAUAAUGUGUGGUUUGAGAGAAAGCAACGUGUAUAUGAUAUAAUUAAGAAAACAGUAUUUUUAUGUAAUUCCCAAAAAGUGUGUGUGUGUGUGUGUGUGUGUGUGUGUGUGUG